CACUCGGAGACGCUGCGCGAAGCCCUCCAGGGCAGGGGCUGUAGCCAGGAGCCGGGCGGUCCGUCUCUUGAAGAAGUGCUAGGGACCGCGGGGAUGCUUCGUGAGAGCCUGCUUCCCGGUGCUUUGGCGCAAUAUGCUAGCUGCUUAGAAUUGGUGAACAAAAGACUGCCUUGUGGCCUUGCUCAAAUUGGAGUGUGCUUUCACUCUAUUCCAGAAAGUGAACAACACAACAAAAACUUUAGAAGAAUAGGCGAAAGGACCACGUCUUUGCUUGCAUGGUUUAGCUCUCCCAGAACUGCAGGACAGUGGCUCGAUUACUGGUUACGCCAGAGACUCCAAUGGUGGAGAAAGUUUGCAGUAGGUCCAUCUAACUUCAGCAGCAGUGACUUUCAGGAUGAAGAAGGAGGAAGAGGAUUUAAUUUACAUUACAACUUUCCUUGGGGGACAGAAACAAUAGAAACAUUGAAGAACCUUGGUGAUACUGAACUGUUACAGAUGUAUCCAGGGGAUAGUUCAAAAUUACUUGGCCGAGAUGGAAGGAAGAAUGUUAUUCCUCAUGUUCUGUCUGUGAGUGGAAAUCUGGACCGAGGAGCAUUAGCAUAUCUCUUUGAUUCUCUACAGCUAGCUGAGAAUCCAUUAACAAAAAAGAAAAAUUCACAGAGAAAGGUACUUAAGCUUCAUCCUUGUUUAGCGCCUCUUAAAGUUGCCUUGGAUGUAGGAAAAGGUCCAACAACAGAGCUGAGACAGGUUUGUCAAGGAUUGUUCAAUGAACUGUCAGAAAAUAGCAUUUCUGUAUGGCCGGGUUAUCUUGAAACCGUGCAGGUAUCUCUGGAACAGCUUUAUACAAAGUACGAUGAGAUGAGUGUUCUCUUCACGGUCUUGAUAACUGAUGCCACUCUAGAGAAUGGAGUGGUCCAGCUGAGAAGCAGAGACACCACCAUGAAGGAAAUGAUGCACAUUUCUAGGUUGAAGGACUUUUUAACUAAGUAUGUAACAUCAGCCAAAAAUGUGUAAACCUAAAUUUGUUGAAUAAAAGGAAUUUCUUAAACA